AAACCGCCAAAAAAAAGAACGAAACAAAUAAUCCCAGCACGGACCUCAAAGAUUGUCCCCUCUGUGUCAUCCUCCUUUCCAUGGCCAUGGUCUCGCUCUCUUCAUUUUCUCUCCUCUUCGUCCUCCUCGCGGUGGUCAACGACCAAAUCGGCGUCACCGGAGAAUACUUUAAACUCCCAUUGCUUCGCAAAACCCCACGUCUAUCCCCUACCCAGUCCCUCCUGCUCGACAUUCACCGCCUUUCUCAUCUCCACCGCAGCCGUCACCACCACCACCGCAAACAGAAGGGAAUCAUCAAAUCUCCUCUUGUUUCCGGAGCAGCGUAUGGGUCGGGUCAGUACUUCGUGGAACUCCGGCUUGGCUCUCCCCCACAGUCUCUGCUACUAGUCGCCGAUACAGGCAGCGAUCUCCUCUGGGUUACCUGCUCCGCGUGUCGCCACAACUGCUCCUUUCUCCAUCCUUCCGGCUCUACAUUUCUCGCUCGCCAUUCCUCCUCCUUCUCCCCCCAGCACUGUUUCGACUCUACCUGUGACUUAGUACCACAUCCGGACCCAAACCCGUGCAACCGGACCCGACUCCACAGUCCCUGCCGCUAUGAAUACGAAUACUCCGACGGGUCCCAAACAAGUGGCUUCUUCUCCAAGGAAACGACGACGUUGAAAACCAGCUCCGGAAGGGAAGCCAAGCUCGAGAACCUCUCCUUCGGGUGCGGUUUUCGUAUCUCUGGUCCUAGUCUCUCCGGCGCCAGCUUCAAUGGUUCCCACGGAGUGAUGGGCCUUGGCCAGGGAUCCAUUUCGUUUGCUUCGCAACUGGGCCGCCGUUACGGGAACAAAUUCUCUUACUGCCUCAUGGAUUACACAUUAUCUCCGCCGCCCACAAGCUACCUCAUGAUCGGCGGCAACCAGCUCGCCGUCUCGAAAACACCAAAAAUAAGCUUUACUCCGCUGUUGAUCAACCCACGGUCUCCUACAUUUUACUACAUUGGAAUCAAAAGUGUUUCCGUCAACAACGUGAAAUUGCAGAUUGACCCUUCUGUUUGGUCUCUCGACGAGAUGGGAAACGGCGGGACAGUGAUUGAUUCCGGCACGACUUUAACUUUCUUACCAGAACCAGCUUACCGUCAGAUUCUCUGGGAGAUGAAACGGCGAGUGAAGCUGCCGAGUCCGACCGAGCCGACUCCGGAUUUCGACCUCUGCUUGAACGUAUCAGGCAAUGCGAUGCCGCAACUGCCCAGAUUAAGCUUCAAACUGAGCGGCGACUCGGUGUUCGCGCCACCGCCGAGGAACUAUUUCAUCGAGACGGAGGAGGGAGUGACGUGCCUGGCGAUUCAACCCAUUAGUACGGGAACGGGCUUUUCCGUUAUAGGGAAUCUAAUGCAAGAAGGGUUCUUAUUCGAGUUCAACAGGGACAAGUCGCGGCUCGGCUUUUCACGCCAUGGCUGCGCACUGCCCUGACAGUUUGGUUAGUAGCAGUGGUGUGGAAACAACUCACUGAGUCCAGAACUCGAUGGGUUAUAUAUAUAUAUAUAUAUAUUUGGAAAAUAUUUGAUGAUUUAAUUUUAAUGUUGGUGAAAUAUUAGUAAUUA